GAACCAGACUGCUCACGUUGUCUGAGCACAAGAGCAUCCCUUUUCAUUCACGCGAUACUCCAGCUGCCUCGUGCCGGCACUGUUAUUACCCUUCCUCCUCUCUUUUGUCCCUCCUUAGCAACUACUCCCACUCUCUGGCUACCUCUCCUCCGCGAUCCUCCUGCCUCCUUUCCCUUUCGCCGUCCGUUUCACCAUUUCCAUCCAACAUGCGAGCCUGCACCUCUUCCAGCCCCUCCAGCUCAAAAUCGCCCUCCAUAUUUUCGGUAUCGAUAUUGUCAGCAUUAUUUCUUAGUUUUUCGUCGCUAUCGGCCGGUUUCGAUUGCCAGGAUGUUGCUGCGGACCGACAGCAUUUUGACUUUAAUCAGUUGGGGGGCCCACACCGAGUGCACUGGUUACAGGACCCAGACAUUGUGCACCAAGAGCAGUUCAACUACACAUUCACUCUAGACAUCUGCCAUCCGCUAAAACGGGAUAAAGGAGUGCCUAAGGUUGAGUUCUGUCAUCUCGGGUCUAGAGUAUGCGCUGUGAGAGAAACCAUCGAUAUGUCAGACAAGAACAAUCGAACAAUCAACCCUAUCGAUAUCGCAGGGACAUACAGAAUGGACAACGGCCGCACCAUCGACGCGAAAUUCAGUCUUCUCCGCAACUCAAAAUCACACUCAGAUGCUGGCCGGGAGGGAGUACGAGCCGAGCUGCACGGCGGCAGAUUUCCAUUCAAAGACAAUAAGAAUGGCUUGGAUCAGAUGGCCAUCAUCGAGUUUGUCUGCGAUAAGGACCGCACGGGUCUUGAAAACGACGAGAAAGAUGACGGGGAGAAGGAGGAUGAUGGGAAGGACGGAGAGAAAGAGGACAGCAAGAAACUGAGGCGGCGAGAGGACAGCAAGUGCGAAGACAGCGAUAAGAGUCUCCGCUUCUGCAGCUACGAGGUUGAGGAACAAGAAAAGGGUAAGAAAGUCAGUGUUCUCCGAUUGGAAUGGCGGACAAAGUACGCGUGUGAGGACGCGCUUGACGACGCCGAGGGCUCUCACUGGGGCUUCUUUGCUUGGUUCAUUAUCAUCCUCUUCCUUGCAACAGCCGCCUACCUCAUCUUCGGCUCAUGGCUCAACUACAACCGCUACGGUGCCCGUGGCUGGGACCUCCUACCUCACGGUGACACCAUCCGUGAUCUGCCCUAUAUUUUCAAGGACUGGGCUCGCCGCGUCGCUGGCGCCAUUCAAGGGCCAGGAAGCAGGGGCGGGUAUAGUGCGGUCUAAGUUUGGUGGUUAAUCAGCAUUUCUAGGGUCUGCACAGGUUUGGGACUAGGCAGGGGACAGCAGCACCUUGGCGUUAGUUCGUAUUGCUUCACACAUCUUGGAUUGGGUUGUCUGGAAAGAAGUAUAGCGUAGUUUCGAAGCCCUUGUUCUGUUUAUUAGCCUGUACAUUUACUAGUACCGAGUCUGGUAUAAACAAAGUGAUUGGUGUUCAGUCUGUGCGUGGCACUGGCAGAUUUAGGGGGGGGAGGGUGUUUCUGUUCAAAAAUUAGUAUAUUACCGUUUCAAUGCUGUCGCAUAGAAACGAGCUCUAGUCUAGAGGUAUCAAUGCACGCUACAGUAAGUAUUGCACAACGCAGAAUAGUCCUCCCAUC